AUGCUGAAAGCUAACUCUAACUUCAGGAAUCUACUACAAUUAACCAAUUCUCUAUUAUUAAAAAGUAAGUUUUUGAUUUAUGGUUAAAGAGCAAGUUUCUUUUACAAUAAACAAAGUGGUUUUGAUUUGUUGCUUCUUAGUAAUGUAUGAUCAUUGACUCGUGAUAAAACUUGGAACGUUUUUAAAAAUUAUCUGGGAUUUAUUUUUAUGAUCUUUUUAUGAAAUUACAUUAAUAUUAUUAUUGUCAUUUGAUUAACUGUCUAAAACGAGUUUUUUACAAAAUAAAGCUGCUUUUAGCGAGAAAUGUCUUUGUUUUCAAUUUCUGUAGAAAUAGAAUUGGAAUUGUCAAAAUAAUUUUUUAUUAUUUUAGGUAACAACUUACACUUGAAUGCGGUCAGAAUGAGCAAACACGUACCUUCGGUUGUGGCCAGAGAGAGCAAGCCUAGUAUAUGGUAUGUUAUUAUUUUUAUUAUUUUUCUUACAUUUUUAGGGUUGAGUUUACAACAUUGGCAGCAGAAUGUAAAGCAGUGAAUUUGGGCCAGGUAAGCAUGGGUAAUAUUGUUUUACCACUAGGUUGAAUGGUUUAAAAGGAUGAUUUUUUAAAUUCUUUGCUAUUUUUCAACAACAAUUAUGAAACGCGUCAUUCUUUUCGCAUCAACUUCUUUUAAAAACAAAAAAUAUUGUUUUAGGUAUCAAGUAUUAAAAAUGCACUCAUUUCAGGGCUUUCCCGACUCUCCAAUGCCUGAAUUUAUGUCUGAUAUCCUAAAAGACAUUGCGGAACACCCAGAACGAACAGAUUGGCACCAAUACACAAGAGGUUAUGGCCAUCCACGAUUAGUCAAAGUAUUAUCAGAGUUUUACUCAAAACUUCUUGGAGUUAAUAUCAACACAAAUCAAGAGGUUUUGGUUACAGUAGGAGCUUACCUGGCUUUAUAUUACAGUAUGCUAGGAUGGUUGAAUGUUGGCGAUGAAGUUAUUAGUAAGUUUUUGAAUAUAGAGUGUUAUAUGGGGCUUAAAAUCAGGUUUUAGGUUUAUCAAUUCUUGAUUUAUUUUCAAGAUUUUUGUGUUUUUAAAUUUUGUUGUUUUAAAAUUUAAAAAUUUUAGUAUUCGAACCAGCCUACGAUUCUUACGUCCCUCAGGUCAAGAUGGCCGGUGGGGUACCAGUACCAAUAGCACUAGAUCUACCAGAGAACCCAAAAACCUCGGCUGAUUACAAGGUAAACUUUGACAAGAUACGAUCCAAAAUCACUUCAAAAACUAAGAUGAUCAUUUUGAACAAUCCUAACAAUCCCUCAGGCAAACUGUACACUCGGUCUGAAUUGGAAGGAAUCGCUAAAAUAGCUGAAGAGUUUAAUCUUAUAGUAGUAGCUGAUGAGGUCUACGAAUGGCACGUGUUCGAAGGCUUUGAAAUGAUACGCUUUGCCAGUCUACCGAACAUGUAUCAACGUACGAUAACGAUUGGCAGUGCUGGGAAGGCGUUCUCGGCCACAGGAUGGAAGUUGGGCUGGGCGAUGGGACCAGAACGACUAUUAGCACCAUUGAAGGCGAUCCACCAGAACUGUGUCUUCACCUGCUCAACUCCAACUCAAGAAGGUGUGGCUAGAGCAUUUGAAAGGGAGCUGAAGAUGUAUAAUGAGGGGAACAGAAAGGACUCAUACCUAUUCACUAAAAUGGCAGCUGAACUGGCGCCGAAGAAGGAUAGGCUGGCUGAGAAUCUGAAGAAGGCUGGGAUGAACCCAAUCAUGCCUGAGGCUGGGUACUUCAUGAUCGCUGAUAUGAAUCAUAUUGGUAAGAAUUUAUCAGUCACUUUUAUGUUAUGUUACCUAAAAUUUUAAACAAAAUUUUGAAAUUUAAUUUUUCGUUGGUACCGGACGAGGCUAUAUUUUACAAUAUCUUCUUUCAGAUGGACCUUUUCGAAAUGAAACAGAAGAUGAACUUGACUUUAGAUUUGUGAGAUGGCUAACAAAGGAAAAGGUAACGUUUUGUGGCAUCAACGGUGAUACUGUUUUACUAAAUUUGAUUCGGACACCUUUCUCUAUUCUACUUUAAUCUACCAUACUUUGAAUUGUUUUGCCCUAUAUGUUCCUACGCUACCUUAGAUUACCAUACUCUACUCUACCGCUCUACAUCUUAAACUCAUCUGCCUUAUCCUAACUUGUCUUGCCCUACCCUGCUUUACCCUUCCUUACUUUACUCUACUCUACCCAAUCGUUCUCUACCCACCAUGCUCUGCUUUACCUUCCUUACUCUGCUCAUAUUGAACCAUUAUGACUAACUAAUUUUUAUUUUUAGGGCUUGGCCACAAUCCCACCAUCAGCCUUUUACUCUACCGAGAACAAAAAAGGAAACGAUCACUUUGUUCGGUUGUGUUUCUUCAAAAAGGAUCAAACUUUGGAUGCAGCUGUCGAGAUUCUGAAGCAGUUUAACAAAUCUUAA